ACGAGACACAUCACCUCACCGAGCACAUCCUUAAGAAACCCUAAUCAUCUCUCGCAUUCGGAUUGGAAUCGCCUCCUGGAGCUUUCGACAUUCUCGUGUUGUCUCUCAAUUUCAAUUACCUAUUUUACGCUUCAAUACAUUUUUGUCGUUUCUGAGGGUCUGCAACCCUAUCUAUCUUCCAUCGCUUUCAAAUCGCCGUCCAUCAGAGUAUUCUUCUUGUUGGUUGGUUGGUCUCGUUUUUCAAGGAUUUUGUAUAAAAGAUCAAUCCUUUCGUAGAUAUUAGCGACGAUUGAUCAUUUUUCUUCUUCUUCGUUCUCCUCCUUCUUCACCUUAACUUAAUAGAUUCAUCUUUCGUUUCCGUUCCAUUCGUCAUUACUUUCAGCUGAAAUUGGGAAAUUUUGAUUCUUGUUUUUAUCUGAAAAACUCUGUCUUGUUAUCGGAAUCGGGGUUGUUUGAGUUUGAUAGAGGAAAGAAAAAAAAGAUGGUUGGUGGUGGAAACAGAAGAGAUGAGGGAUCGAUGCCGAUUCAGAACACCAACUUGUUUGCUGCUUUGGACACUAGGAAGAAGAAGAAGUCAGAUAAGGCUGGUAAGAGCAAAGGUUCCUCUAAGUCCUCAUAUCCACACAAGGAGCCUGAGCCACAGGUCUUCUGGGCUCCUACGCCUCUCAAAGCAAAAGCUUGGGCUGAUAUCGACAGCGAUGAUGAAGAUGACGACUAUUACGCUACCACUGCUCCGCCUCAGUCCAUGUGGAGCACUUCUGAAGCCUCCCAUUCCGAUGCUAAAGACGUUCACGUUGAGGAGAGUGAAAGCGAAGAGGACAUUCUCGAUGAAGGAGAUGAUGAUGAUUUGGAGGAAGAACAAGAACAAGGAACAGAGAUGCAAGUUCAUCCAGAGGCAGAGCCUGAGGUGAAAAAGGCUCCUGAAGUUCAUGCACCUCCUAAGGAGGCAGAGAGGCAACUUUCCAAGAAAGAGAGGAAAAAGAAGGAACUUGCUGAGCUAGAGGCUUUGUUAGCAGAUUUUGGAGUUGCACCCAAAGAUGAGAAUGGUCAAGAAGACUCUCAAGAGAAGCAAGGGAAGAGAGAAGUCAAUGAUGAGGGAGAGAAGAAGGAGAACACAACUGGAGAAUCGAAGGCCUCAAAGAAGAAGAAAAAGAAGGAGAAACAGAAGGAGGCGAAAGAAUCUCAAAAUGAAGUGAAGAGUAACUCAGAUGCUGCAAGUGAGUCUGCUGAGCAGGAGGAGGAGUCUUCUUCGAUUGAUGUCAAAGAACGGCUAAAGAAGUUUGCAUCGAUGAAGAAGAAGAAAUCAAGCAAAGAGACGGAUGGUGGUGGUGCAACAGCUGCUGCAAAGGAAGCAGCAGCGAGGAAGGCAAAGUUGGCCGCUGCAAAGAAGAAAGAAAAGAAAAACUACAAUCAGCAACCGGUGAGGUGAAGAAAUCAAUCCACCCACCGUUGUGAUAUGAACAUGUGGUUGACGGGUUUUGUUCAUAUGAGACUUGCCUUGAACAAAUCUUUUGAUGGGGAAUGUGGUUGGCCCGUAUUUUAGAAUUAUGACUUGGAUCUUUUUAAUCGUAUCACAGUGAGACAUGAAAUGAAAAGGUUUCUAUUUGAAUUCUUCUCAGUUCUUCUCG